AUGAUAUACGACUUUCACGUGAGACCACCUGUUCUUCAUCAUACAAUGGAGGAGAGUAGAAGUGUUUCCCUUUUCACAGAAGGACACUCGCAUCAUAGCGCUGUAUGGACAGUGACUGGUGUCAGCGUACCAAUGGUUUGUUUAGCUUGUGUUAUUGAUAGACUGGAAAAUAGAAAACAAGAACUUACGGUCAGAAUAGACAAAAUACUGAAGGAACUAUCACUAUCAACAACUUAUCAAGAGCAACAGACACCGUUAAUGAAGAUGAUGGCAUCUGAUUUGAGAAUUACUGGUCAUAUAUGCAAUGUUGUGAUUGGAUUAUUAUCUGAUGAUCAAAAAACUGUAGUUCAAGAAUCCCUUCAGAUUUUGACAAAUAUUAUGCGAUUGCAUCCAAGGAGAGAGGUCUUUCAGAUGAUACUACUGAAGUCUAUUCAACAGGCUUUGACAUCUUGUACAUACAGUUCCAGCAUAAUAGGGCACCUUACACUCAUAGGAAGUAUUCUACAUAAGGACUCCUCUCUUUUGAUGGGUAUCAGUGCAGAAAGAGAUAAAUUAAUAGAGUAUCUUGUUGAUGGAUUUAUGUGCCAAGAUGAAGCUGUUAAAUCUUCAUUAGUUUAUAUUUUGGUUCAGGUUUGUUCAUGUAAAAGUCAACUUAUUCAGAUGAAUGUUAUGGAGAAGAUAUGCACUCAUCUGUCAGUGUCUCUAGCAAGUGCUCAAUCUCAUGAUCUUACUCUUAAUUUAAUGGGUUUGGCAAAAAUGUUAACUUCUAAUUAUUCUUAUUUAAUUUGUCUUUUAAAAUCAGAUCAACCAUCUUUAGCGAGUAAAGGCUCAACUUUUGCCUCUGCAUUGAAAAGAGUACUACUUAGUGGAGAUGAAGUUGUACAGUUAUUAGGUGUACAGUGUAUAACAUCAGUCAUUUCUCAUUACCCACAAUAUGUUCCUUCUCUGUUAUCAGUUGAUAUUGCAGAGUAUCUAUUCGAGGCUCUCUCCAGCGAUAAUAUACCUUUAAUUAACUCUAUUCUUUCCUGUUUGAACCUCAUAUGUCUUGAGGAUAAGUUUUACACUGGAUGUCAUGUGAUUUAUGGAUAUCAGCCUAUCAUUAAGGUCCUUAAGAAAUCACUUGAAACAAGGAAUGAAGAGAAUGCUAAGUCUUGCUUAACAUUGCUGUCUAUUAUAUUCAAACGACAACCUGCUACUGUUCCUCUUCUAUCUAAUGAGAAAGACAUUGCAGAUUUUUUGUCAGUACUUCACUCAGCCAUGGUUUUGAAUCAUUUCUCGUCAGUUAAUUUGUUUAGUAGUUUCUUAAAGAAUUGGCAAUACCAUACUGUGUCAAUUGAUAUUGUUAUUCCUCAUUUGGCUCUGUUGUUACAGUUUGUUGACAUGUCAUAUAAUGGCUCAGUAACAAAAUCAGGUACUAAAGCUGGUGAAGAAGUAGCUCCUAAGGAGUUAUUAGUAGCUGUACUAAUGACUUUUGAUUCUUUUGCUCAAUUAUUUCAAAAUCGGAUGAGUGAUGCCAAUGUAGAGGAAGUAUAUGUGUUUCUUUGUUUAGCCUGCCAGGAGACAUUAAUACCAUUGACUUUAGCUACUUGUACAGAUGUUGAGCACAAUAUUACUCCACUGCAGAAUUUAUUCACAGUAUUAGUCAUUGUCAUUCAUUAUGGAUCUAAUCCUGAGUUUGUUUUAUUAUUGGCUCAGAGUGGUCUUAUUGAAUUAGCAAUGGAAUCUAGAGGAUUAACAGUACCUGAUGCAUCUCCUUUAAUGGAGCAAUCUGCUCUGUUUAUUGAAGAGCUAGUAUUUAUUAUAAUUCAGUUGAAUGAUAAUUUUGAUGACUCUGAGGCCAAAAUACUAAAAGAAACACUACACACAGCUCUUCCUCAUAUUAAAUGUACAGUAAACAAUUUAUUAAACUGUCUUGUGCAAAGAAGGAAUGUUUAUCCCAUUGAGUUAGCAGUCAUGCAAGCGUCCAUACUGUGUUUAUUCUAUGUCUUUGAAGUUUAUGGACAGUUACCUGUUUCAAGAAUAUCCCUGUGUUCUGCAUUGUCACAAUAUCUUAGUAAUAACAUGAAUGUUCAUCUUUUACCUGUAACAACAUUUAAGAUGCUGUUAGCAUUAUAUGCACUCACUAGAUCAAGUAACAGCAAUCCUACUGGUAUGACUUAA